AUGCGUGCCUUCAGGAAGUCAGCCCGUCUCUCGCGCCAGCUGCUCGCCAGCAAUGGCAUGCGCUACAACUCCACAGCCACACAGACGACCAAGUCCCUUACAUCCGUGCUGAUAGCAAACCGAGGAGAAAUUGCCCUACGAGUCGGCCGGACAGCCUCGGAAUACGGCAUCCGGACCACCACCCUCUACACAGACCCAGAUGCCCGGUCGCAGCACGCUUUGAGCUCUCCCUACGCAGUCAACCUCGGCGACCCGUCUGCAUAUCUCGAUGGCGACAGGAUAAUACAGAUUGCGAAAGAGCAGGGCUGUCAGGGCAUACAUCCCGGAUACGGCUUUUGCUGUCGGGUGAAAGCUGACAACAAUGCAGUUGAGCGAGAACCCUACGUUCGCGAGAAAGUGCACAGAAGCGGGCAUAACCUUCAUUGGUCCACCAUGGAAGGCUAUCGAGUCCAUGGGAAGCAAGAGGUAGCGUUCAGAGCACUCCUUGGCGAAAGUUGGCUAACAUGGGACAGUGAGUCGAAAGACAUCAUGACCAAAGCCGGCGUGCCAUGCAUUCCUGGAUACCACGGCUCGAACCAGGAUCCAGACUAUCUCAAAAGCGAGGCGGCCAAGAUUGGAUACCCCGUCCUCCUGAAAGCUGUCAAAGGUGGCGGUGGAAAGGGCAUGCGCAUUGUCAACACUGAGCAAGAGUUCUUCGAUCAGCUUGCAUCCGCCAAGUCAGAAGCACGCAACUCGUUCGGCGACGAGGUCAUGCUGGUCGAAAAGUACAUCACAACACCAAGGCACAUCGAAGUCCAGGUCUUCGCGGACAAGCACGGCAACUGCGUCGCAUUGGGCGAGCGUGACUGCAGUAUCCAGCGACGACACCAAAAGAUUCUUGAAGAGUCACCCGCACCACAUCUCCAAGAACACAUCCGACAAGACAUCUGGGAGAAGGCCCGACAAGCUGCGCUCGCUGUGGGCUACGAGGGAGCGGGUACCGUCGAGUUCAUCUUCGACAAUGACAGCGGCGAGUUCUUCUUCAUGGAGAUGAACACUAGGUUGCAAGUCGAGCAUCCAGUCACUGAGAUGGUUACAGGAGAGGAUCUUGUCCGAUGGCAGCUCAUCGUAGCAGAAGGCGGACGCCUGCCACUCACUCAGCAGGAGAUCGAGCAACGCAUCAGCGAGCGAGGCCACGCAAUAGAGGCGCGUAUAUACGCAGAGAACCCAGACAUGAACUUCAUCCCUGACUCUGGCCGACUGCUACAUCUCCAGACACCAACUCCUUCAACCACGGUUCGCAUAGACUCGGGUUUCAUUUCCGGCGACGAAGUAUCCUCACAUUACGACCCCAUGAUCUCGAAACUCAUCGUCCAAGGCCCAACGCGAGAAGCUGCUAUCCAGAAACUGCGUGCUGCGCUCGAGGAGUAUGAAGUUGCUGGGCCCAUUACCAACAUCGAGUUCAUCAAGCGCAUGUGCGUAAGUCCCGACUUUGUCGCUGGAGACGUCGAAACAGGCUACAUCCAAAAGCACCACGCCGAGCUCUUCGAUCCACAACCCCCAGCACCAGAAGUCUACGCGCAAGCCGCCUUGGGUCUGACACUCCAAGACAUCUCCUCAUCACGCGGUGACCCAUUCUCUAGCCCGCCCAUCACAUCCAUCGGCUUUGGCUCAGGGACCGGCUUCCAACAACGCGAGUUCAAUCUCGUCGAGAUCCCCGCCGACGGCAAAGGCGACUCAAAGGCCACUCCAGUCACCAUCCGUCAGACCGCCCCGUCGCAAUUCGACAUCACUAUCGCUGGCACUAAAUACUCUAACGUGACAUCGACAUUCUCACCCUCCUCCAAUACCCUCUCCUCCUUCUUCCCACAUACCCGCCUCUCUACAACAUUCAUCCGCGACGAAGACCGCCUCACACUCUUCCAACAAGGCCGCCAAUACCGGCUGCAGCUCGCCAUGCCCGAGUGGACCAAGAAAGCCUUGGGUGUCAAGGAUGUGACAAACAGUGUACUUGCGCCCAUGCCAUGUAAGGUGCUGAGGGUGGAGGUAGAAGAGGGCCAAGAAGUCAAGCGGGAUCAGCCGCUAGUAGUCAUUGAGAGCAUGAAGAUGGAGACGGUGAUAAGGAGUCCGGUUGAUGGUGUUGUUAAGAGAGUUGUACAUGGUAAAGGGGAUCUAUGUAAGGCUGGGACAGCACUUGUGGAGUUUGAAGAAAGGGAUGAAUGA